GUCGACCAGUUCACUUUAUUACUAGUCUUCUCUGAUGCCCUGAUGUUUCUGCCAUCGAUCGCUUCCUCCUGUGUUCAGACCUGCAGAAGAAUACAACUAGGAGGUUUCAUCCCACGGCCCAGCCUGUUUGCUUCAGGUCCAUCCAUCCUCUCUGCUCCAGUCCUCCACCUUGUGUCUGUCUCUGGAUCAGCACACUCUUCUGCAUUGUUAGUUCCACAGACUGAACUCCAUGGACCAAUCGUCAUGAGACUCAGCAGCAACCCCCUGUCCUUGCUUCGUCCCUUCCUACAGCCCCCGCCCCCACCUGUGUUCCAUCGGUGCUGCCCGUCAACGCUCUUGGCCAAUGGGAGCACAACAUCAUGCAGACGUGUCAGCACAGAUGGCCCCACCUGUCAGUCUGUGGUUGGUCAGGACUCAGUGGAGGUGCUGGGCCACUCCUUCCCCCGUGACCACUUCACCAAUGUGACACCGAAGGUCUUGUCUAAGGUUGGCCGCAACCUGCACAACCAGGCCCACCACCCUCUGUGGCUGAUUAAGGAGCGGAUCAAGGCCCAUUUCUACAGUGCCUACACUGGCCGCUGGGGCACUCCACUGUUCUCCGUUCAUGACAACCUGAGCCCCGUGGUGACUGUGGAGCAGAACUUUGACAGCUUGCUGAUCCCGCCCGACCACCCAAGCAGGAAACCUGGAGACAACUACUACCUGAACAGAACAACGAUGCUCCGCGCACACACCUCCGCCCACCAGAGCGAGAUGGUGAGGUCUGGUCUGGAUGCGUUCCUAUUGGCUGGAGACGUUUACCGGCGGGAUGAGAUCAAUGCCAGUCACUACCCCGUCUUCCACCAGAUGGAGGGAGUCCGACUCUUCUCCAGCCAUGAGCUCUUCUCUAAGGUGAAGAAUGGGGAGGAGCUGUCUCUGUUUGAGAGCGGCGGUCGAAGGACGCCUCACAAACAGGAGAUGCACACGCUGGAAGCCGUGAAGCUGGUGGAGUUUGACCUGAAGCGCACACUGACUCGACUCGUCACUCACCUGUUUGGAGAAGAUCUGGAGGUCAGAUGGGUCGACUGUUACUUCCCCUUCACUCACCCCUCCUUUGAGAUGGAAGUGCGUUUCCAGGACGACUGGAUGGAGGUGCUGGGCUGCGGAGUGAUGGAGCAGGAGCUACUGAACUCUUCAGGGGCAGGCAACAAGCUGGGCUGGGCUUUCGGCCUUGGACUGGAGAGACUGGCCAUGGUCCUGUACAGCAUCCCGGAUAUCAGGCUGUUCUGGAGCCAGGACGAGCGCUUCCUCAAGCAGUUCAGAGUGCAGGACAUCCACCAGCCCAUCUGCUUCCAGCUGCUCAGUAAAUACCCACCCCUGCACAAUGACAUCUCCUUCUGGCUGCCAGGGAGCAGAGGGAGUGAGGAGGGGCGAGAGAGCUUCACUCAGAACGACUUCUACGAGCUGGUGCGCUCCGUCGGAGGAGACCUGGUGGAGAAAGUGUCGCUGGUGGACGAGUUCACGCACCCAAAAACCGGGAGGCGGAGUCUGUGUUACCGCAUCGUCUACCGUCACAUGGAGCAUACUUUGACCCAGCAGGAGGUUCGGCUCAUCCACCAGCAAAUUGAACGUGCUGCUGAGGUCGAGUUGGGUGUGCAGGGCAGAUACUGAGACACACACUUACUGAUAUCUAUAUACACACACUCAGCAGCUCUGGGUGUGUGUGUGCUUCAUGCCUCUGUAGCUGUGAUAUUUCACUGCAGAAAAAGUGUGCUGACAUUAAUACAGACACGUGACACCAGCACAUCGUCCUGGCUGUGUUCUCUCCUUAUCAGUGUUGUACCCGGUACUUUUUACCAUACUGACUCUGAGAGACGAGACAGUCCAAGUAACUUCAAAACA